AUGUUGUAUUUAAUACUUUUCCUCAUUGCCCCCAUAUAUGCUGGCCUUAUUUUCCCUACCAAACCAUCAAGCGAUCCCUUCUAUAACCCCCCGAAAGGUUUUGAAAAUGCUGCCGUUGGUGAUAUUUUGCAAUCCAGGGCAACACCCAAAUCUAUCACUGGUGGGUUCACCCCUCUCAAGAUCCAGAACUCAUGGCAACUUUUAGUUAGAUCUGAGGAUUCAUUUGGUAAUCCAAAUGUCAUUGUCACUACUGUUAUUGAACCAGUCAACGCUGAUCCAUCCAAGAUUGCUUCCUACCAGGUUUUUGAAGAUGCAGCUAAAGCUGAUUGUGCUCCUUCCUAUGCUCUUCAAUUUGGUUCUGAUUUGACUACUUUCGUUACUCAAGCUGAAAUGUACUUGAUGGCACCAUUGUUAGAUCAAGGAUAUUAUGUUGUGUCUCCUGAUUAUGAAGGACCUAAACUGACAUUCACUAUUGGUAAACAAUCAGGUCAAGCUGUGCUAAACUCUAUUCGUGCAGCAUUAAAAUCUGGUAAAAUCACCAACAUUAAAGACGAUGCUAAAGUUGUCAUGUGGGGAUAUUCUGGUGGGUCAUUAGCCUCUGGAUGGGCAGCUGCUUUACAACCAAGCUACGCACCUGAAUUAGGUGGUAACUUAUUGGGUGCUGCCUUAGGUGGAUUUGUUACCAAUAUUACAGCUACCGCACAAGCCACUGACGGUACUGUUUUUGCAGGAAUUGUGGCAAACGCUUUGGGUGGUGUUGCUAAUGAGUAUCCGGAAUUCAAAUCAAUUUUACAGAGUGAUACAGACAAAAAAUCAGUGUUUGAUGAAUUUGAUGGUCACUGCUUGAUUGACGGUGUGCUCAACUAUAUCGGUACUCUGUUCUUAACUGGUGAUCAUAAGAUUUUCAAAACUGGUUGGGAUAUUUUAAAGAACCCAAAAAUUGGUAAAGUUGUUGAAGACAAUGGAUUAGUUUAUCAGAAGCAGUUGGUUCCAAAAAUACCCGUGUUUAUUUACCACGGUUCAAUUGAUCAAAUCGUCCCUAUUGUCGAUACCAAAAAAACUUAUCAAAAUUGGUGUGAUGCUGGUAUUUCCUCUUUGGAAUUUGCUGAAGAUGCUAGUAAUGGUCACCUCACUGAAGCUAUUAUGGGUGCCCCUGCUGCUUUGACUUGGAUUAUUGAUAGAUUUGAUGGUAAACAAACUGUUUCUGGUUGUCAACAUAUUCAAAGAUUCAGUAACCUUGAAUACCCAAAUAUUCCUUCUUCAAUUGCUAACUAUUUCAAAGCAGCAAUGGAUGUUGUUCUCCAUCUCGGACUUGGCCCAGAUGUCCAAAAAGAUCAAGUCAGUCCUGAAGGAAUUAAAAAACUUGGAUCAAUUGAAAUGAGGUGGUUAUAA